AUGCUCUUCAGCAGCACCUUCACGCUCCUUGCUUCGGCCGCGGCCUCCGUGUCUGCCGCGGCGCUGCCUGCCGCCGCCGCCGGCGCUCGCCACGCCAAGCGCGGCGGCUCCAUCUCGGUGACGCCGCACGACAAGUACUCGUCGUCGAUCGGGGUGCUGGGCUGCAAGAUCGACGUGAACCGGGUGGCGUACUGGCCGCUGGCGCCGGACUGCGACAACCUCUGCGCCAAGGUCAGCGCCAACGGGCGCAGCGUGCACCUGCUGCGCGUCGACCAGUCCGGCGGCGCGUACGACAUCUCGUACGACGCGUGGAACUACCUCGCCACCGGGCAGUCCGCGCGCGACGCCCCGACCCAGGGCGGCGGCAUCGACGCCGUCUGGGAGGACGUGCCCGUGGCCGACUGCGUCGCCGCCGGCCUCCUCGCCAACGAGCCCGGCGCCCGCCUCGCCUUCUCCGCCGCCAACAGCAUGAACUUCAUCGCCUCCUGCCCCGCCGACUCCUGGGUCGCCCAGCACAGCGCCCUCUACAACAUCCUCAACCCCAUCUGCACCUGGGGCCUCGACGAGACCUGCGUCCUGCCGUCCCCCGACCAGGGCAACCAGCCCGUCUGCCCCCACCAGCUCGGGCUCCAGGAGCCCCUGACCAGCCAGCCCGUCCACAACAUCGUCUACGGAACUGGCGCCUCCUCUCUCGCCCAGUAGAGGACUGGCAAUCCUUCAGGAUUUUCCUCUACCGGGAUCAGAUCAAGUCGGACUGGAAUUCUGACUGACCAACCAAAAAAAAAAGAGAGCACAGAAAAAAAAAAAGAGGCUCUGGCAUUGUAUUGAUGCUUGAAGCACUUUCGCUUGACUGGGUGAUCCCCAGUAUAGACCAGCACAACUAGCUAGCUCGACUACCAUUCGUUGUAUAUUCUUGCUCAGCCUCCUACAUAGCCAAAUCAACACUCUUCCUUCGUUCAA